AUGCCUGCAAAGAAUCCCUUCCGUUCCAAACACAACAACAAGAUUUCUCAACGUGAUUCCAGUCAUCUAGCUCGCCAUCAAAAUCAACAACAACAACAACGUGAUUUGACCAUGAAUCAACCCAACAUUCAGCGUUCUGAUCUCUACUUCUCAAGAACCAUUUCCUUUCCAUUUACCUUGUCCUAUUGGCCUCUCAUUGAACAAGCUCUUUCUGAUCCGAUUCAAAAUUCCUCUCAAUUGAAUCAAGUAUUGAUCAACAUUCAAAAAGCAGUCUGUGAAGCGGUUGGAAUGACACCUUUUACUCCGGUUCAAUCUCAAACUAGUUUGACUCUAUUAUUGGAAGGAAAGAUUUUUGGAGAGGAAUGGAAACAAAGAGAUCAAUUCUUUGAAACUACACUUCCAUUCAUGAUGGAUUUGGUGAAACAAUCUCCAAACAUCUUGGGACCUGAUGCAUAUCAACUGUAUGGUCAAGUUCAUUCGACCAUUAUUUCAAACGAAGGAUUGUUACCCGUGAUGGGAACUUUGAAUAGAAUUCCAGUUUUGGCAAGACCCAAGUCCAAAGUGAUGACAUUUAACAAAUUAGAAUGUGCAUGUAUACUAGCCAAUGCAUUUUUCUUAACUUGGCCAAGACUUGCAGAUACUCGUGAAGCAUCAGUUCAAAUGCCAUCCAUUAAUUUUGACACAUUGUUUAAGGAUUCACGACCUUCCUCAAUUGCCAAACUUUUAAUGAUUAUUCACUAUUUUGAGAGAAUUUCUGCGCGAAAUUACAAUGAAAUUGCAAGUCAUGGAUCUAUGACUGUUAUUCGAAAGUGUGUAGAUGCACGUCGAGUGAAAGAUCAAAUACGUCUUGAUUCAUUCAUGCCUUUAUCAGAUAUGAGUGUUCACACAGAAGGAUCUCUUGAACAAUGUGAAAAUGCACUUCAUGCAGAUUUUGCAAAUUGCUACAUUGGAGGAGGUGUUCUUCGAGGUGGAGCAGUUCAAGAAGAAAUUAGAUUUUGUCUUUCUCCUGAAGCUAUUGUCACUCGUUUAUUUGUUGAGAAAUUAGAUGAUAAUGAAGUACUUUACAUUUUGGGAACGGAACAAUUUUCUGAGCAUGAUGGUUAUGGAUCUAGUUUGAAAUUUAAAGGUGAUUAUGUGGAUAAGAAUUACAUUGUGGAUGGAUUUGGAAAUCGUCAGUUUACUUCUCAAAUUGUUGCAUUUGAUUCAUUGUAUUAUACUCACCACGACAAGGUGAAUCAGUGGCGAUCUGAGCAUAUUGAUCGAGAAAUUGUUAAGGCAUAUGCUGCAUUCAGUGUGACACCUAACAGACUGAAUGUGAAUAUUCAUACAAAGAUUUCAACUGGAAAUUGGGGAUGUGGAGCAUUCAAUUGUGACAAAGAACUUAAAUUCCUCAUUCAAUAUUUAGCUGCGUCUAUAUCACAAUGCUCGCUGCAUUAUUAUACGUUUGGAGACUAUGAAUUAGAAAACAAGAUUGAAAAGUUUGUGCAUACUAUCACUACUCACAAAUUUUCUGUGCUCCGUAUUUAUCAAGUGUUGAUCGGCAUGUGGAGCUUAGAUGUACUUCCCAACUUGGAAACAGAAAACUACUAUCCAUCCACUUUGAAAUUUGUUGUUGAGACUCUUCUGAAGGAGCAAUUAGAAGAGUCUCUCCAACAAAUGGAUGAAUCUGACUCACAGUUGUUUGCACCCUCCAUAGACUUGUAA